CGCCGCAAAUAUUUAUUAAUUAAUGUGAUUAUUCAUAUGGUCCGUUAUUACUAUUAUUAUUAUAUUAUUUUAAUGCUAUUUGUAACAAGUAUUUUCUGAUCAUAAUAAUUACCUUGUCAUAGGAAGUAAUAGAACAGCAGAAACUGGUGACGUUAUGCACGGAGACUAAACCGCAAGUUCGUCAAGUUCGUCAUGUUCGUCAUUAAGAAGGAUAAAAUUAAUUUCAAAUGUAUUAUAUUUGUUUUAACAUUAUGUAGUUUUAAAUACAUAAUUGAAACAUAGUAAACGUAAUAUUAGAUAUGAAAGGAUCAGAUAAAUAUUAUACAUCAAACUCUAUCAUGUAUCAAAUGAAUCAGAAGUAUGGGUAAAAUAAAACGUAAUGGUCAUCUACCACAAAUAAAAGAAAACAAUCCACUGACUGUAGCCACCAGCCAAUCUGAUGACAAUAUACCAGUCGAUCAUAAAGAAACAAGACAUGAAAGUGGUCGGCAGUCCAACAAGAAAGGGAGUCAUAAAAGAUGUCUUUGGUGUCGUCUGUUUUGUCAUUGGUGUACAUUGCCUCUGCGUACUGAACAGAACCCGUUGCCGAGCAGCCCAUCGUUUUGUGAGAGAUUCAAGUUUGCAUUUCUGUGUCCCCCACAUGGCAGAGUGGGGGGAUUCUUGUUUCUUUUUGUUUUAUUCUUCACAUGGUGGGGUGUUCUCAUCGCUGUCACGGACAAGGAUGCACUUCCUGGUGGGAAUUUGUUCUCCUUGUUAAUUCUGUUCAUCAGUUGCUGGAUUGGAGGAUAUCUCAUGACGUUAAUCAGACUGCCAGCAUUGCUGGGUAUGCUAGUUACUGGGAUAGUGGUUAACAACAUUCCACAAAUUUCCUUCGGAAGGGACACAAACCACGCCUGGUCUGCUAACAUAAGACAGAUUGCGUUGACUGUGAUACUGAUACGAGCGGGUUUGGGCCUGGAUCCGAAGGCUCUGCGUCGACUCUCAUUUGUGGUGUUACGACUUGCUUUCUCACCCUGUCUUGUGGAGAUGUUGACCAUUGGAAUCGCUGCUCAUUUUGUGUUAGAAUUUCCAUGGACUUGGGGAUUCAUGCUUGGAUUUGUUUUAGCUGCAGUGUCUCCGGGGGUAGUUGUCCCAUGCCUGCUCAGUCUACAGCAGAGAGGUUACGGGGUGGACAAGGGCAUCCCCACUUUAAUCAUUGCGGCCGCCAGCAUCGACGACGUGCUGGCCAUUACAGGCUUCGGUCUCGUCUUGGGAUUAACUUUCACUCAUGAUAAUGUUGUGUGGAGUUUGUUUAAAGGGCCAGUAGAAGCAAUGGUUGGACUCUCGUAUGGUCUUGUAAUGGGAAUAACACUCUGGUAUAUUCCUCAUAAAUCAAGUAACCAUUUGGUAUUGUUUCGGAGUAGUCUUCUUGUGGGUCUUGCUCUCCUAGCAAUCCUACUGUCCAUAUACCUAGAGUGGUCAGGAGCGGGACCCCUCGGCUGUCUGUCGCUGGCCUUUGUAGCCGCGUUGAAAUGGAGGAAAGAGGUUCACCCUGAUGACAAGCAUCCAAUAGACGAUGUUGUUGGUGUAUUGUGGAUGAUUUUUCAACCCCUGCUGUUUGGUUUGAUUGGAGCUGCAGUUGAUAUCAGUGUCAUCGAAGUGACGACAAUCGCUCGUGGAAUUUACACGCUGUGUAUCGGGCUGGCUUUCCGGAUGGUUGUUUCGUUUCUCGUGGUGCUCCACACAAAACUCAUCUUGAAGGAGCGGCUCUUCGUCGUCAUCGCCUGGAUCCCCAAGGCUACUGUUCAGGCUGCAAUAGGAGGACUUGCAUUGGACCAGGCUAUAAUGCGAAAGGAUAAUGGAAUACAGAAUGCUGAAGAGAUAAAAUAUGGUGAACAGAUAUUAACAAUUGCUGUGUUGUCGAUCAUCCUGACCGCUCCACUCGGUUCCAUCCUCAUUACGAUUCUGGGUCCAAAAUUACUACAGCUGUCUACAAUGUUCACAGUAGAAACGCGUUACAAAGCGCAAGAGAGCACUGAAACGAGUAUUGGUACAUAUUACGAGAAUCAAGAUAAAGAAAACCAACGUGAAGAUAGCCAAAAUACAAUUCCCAUUGUGGGGAGCGACUGCUACUCCAGCACCAGUCAACAGAUAAACUCUUCAGAAUACCAUUUUGACAUUGAUCCUUCAAAAAAGAUAAAAACGGAUUCCAAAGAGAGCAUCCCUAAACCAUGACAGAACAUUACUUGUCGAGUUAUUUUAGAAAGAAUUAAUGGCAUAUAUUUGUCGAUAUACCGAUUAAUCCAUUAUUGAUAACGUCAGCUUAAACUGAAAUUUAAGGACAACAAAAUUAUGGCUAUGAAAAAACCCAAAUGGAGUGAGGGUGAUUUUUUCAAGUCGGUUGAGAUAGAAAAGUCAUUUUAUUUUUUAAUGGUGACCUAGUAUACACUUCCAAACUUUUUAAAAGCAUUUAUGAUACUUCUUAUUGUUUAUAAUAUUUUGCUGUGCAUUAUUUAAAACAGUAUGUCUCAAUUGAGGAAAUUGUGCACAUCUUGAGAUAGAAUUUCCUGGUAGUAGAUUUGGAUUAUUUUAGUUUCUAGGGUCUCACACUCUGGAGAAAAAACCCCAACAACACCAUAAUGGCAUGUUGUUAGUUAAACUACUGGAAUAAUAAUAAUAUUAAGAUGGUAAAAACCCCUAAAAACUGGAGUUUCACUGUAUAUGUUAUGAAUAGGGUUAGGGACCUUAAAAAGGUUUUAAACAUUUAAAGAAAACUAAAUCCAAAUAAUAUAUACUCAAAAAAAUUAAUUAAUUAAAAGCCAGUAGAUAAUUUUUACAUAAUGAAACCUCCAAAACGGUCUUUAGAGCAUUUAUUUUUCUGUCAUCAAACAUGUUGGCCAUCUUGAAAAUUUAAGCAAAAGCUGAAUUCAACAGUGAAAAGGAUAAGACACAGUUCACCUACAUGAAAGUUAAUAAACUUGGAAAACUUGAUCACUUGAUGGGGAAAUUGUAUCAAAAAAUGUUGAUAGUAUCAACGUUUCAAACACAGACUAAACAUUUUUGGAGGCAUUUCACAAUUUUUCAGGGCUCUUUUUGUUUUUCAUUAAAGACAAAAAAAAUAAUUGCUUUAAUUAAUAAAUGAAUGGCAAUAUAUAUAACGAGCAUAUUUUAUUAAUUAAUAAUACAUUUUAUGGGUGUUUUUUAAAGACAGUUUUAUUGAAAAAGGCUUGUUUAAUCUGAGGGCACCAUGGUGCAGGUUAAGGCAAGAUGGCACUAGGCUACUGAGGCAUGGUGCCGCACCAUGCUAAAACAAGCUCGGUCAGAUUAAUCUGUCUGUUUUCGUAAUACAGCCUCCGGGCACCUGAAACUCCAACCACUCUUGACAUAUUACAGGUACUUUCUCUGUCUGUUUUACUUUCAUUCAAUCAGAAAAGCAGCUUUGUAAACAUUUACUCAGCCUGCAUGAAAAUAACAUUGUUUACAUGAGUAAAUACAGAGCUCACCAUGUCCAUUGUCAAAUUAUUGGCUACUCUACUUUUCUAAAAAUGGGCUUAACCAAAUUUAUUCCAGUGUGAGCCCUGAACUAUAAGUUUAAGAAUAUAAACUGAUAUAGAACCAAGUUCAAUAAAUUACACACUAGCCCUGAACUAUAAGUUUAAGAAUAUAAACUGAUGUAGAACCAAGUUCAAUAAAUUACACACUAGCCCUGAACUAUAAGUUUAAGAAUAUAAACUGAUAUAGAACCAAGUUCAAUAAAUUACACACUAGCCCUGAACUAUAAGUUUAAGAAUAUAAACUGAUAUAGAACCAAGUUCAAUAAAUUACACACUAGCCCUGAACUAUAAGUUUAAGAAUAUAAACUGAUAUAGAACCAAGUUCAAUAAAUUACACACUAGCCCUGAACUAUAAGUUUAAGAAUAUAAACUGAUAUAGAACCAAGUUCAAUAAAUUACACACUAGCCCUGAACUAUAAGUUUAAGAAUAUAAACUGAUAUAGAACCAAGUUCAAUAAAUUACACACUAGCCCUGAACUAUAAGUUUAAGAAUAUAAACUGAUAUAGAACCAAGUUCAAUAAAUUACACACUAGCCCUGAACUAUAAGUUUAAGAAUAUAAACUGAUAUAGAACCAAGUUCAAUAAAUUACACACUAGCCCUGAACUAUAAGUUUAAGAAUAUAAACUGAUAUAGAACCAAGUUCAAUAAAUUACACACUAGCCCUGAACUAUAAGUUUAAGAAUAUAAACUGAUAUAGAACCAAGUUCAAUAAAUUACACACUAGCCCUGAACUAUAAGUUUAAGAAUAUAAACUGAUAUAGAACCAAGUUCAAUAAAUUACACACUAGCCCUGAACUAUAAGUUUAAGAAUAUAAACUGAUAUAGAACCAAGUUCAAUAAAUUACACACUAGCCCUGAACUAUAAGUUUAAGAAUAUAAACUGAUAUAGAACCAAGUUCAAUAAAUUACACACUAGCCCUGAACUAUAAGUUUAAGAAUAUAAACUGAUAUAGAACCAAGUUCAAUAAAUUACACACUAGCCCUGAACUAUAAGUUUAAGAAUAUAAACUGAUAUAGAACCAAGUUCAAUAAAUUACACACUAGCCCUGAACUAUAAGUUUAAGAAUAUAAACUGAUAUAGAACCAAGUUCAAUAAAUUACACACUAGCCCUGAACUAUAAGUUUAAGAAUAUAAACUGAUAUAGAACCAAGUUCAAUAAAUUACACACUAGCCCUGAACUAUAAGUUUAAGAAUAUAAACUGAUAUAGAACCAAGUUCAAUAAAUUACACACUAGCCCUGAACUAUAAGUUUAAGAAUAUAAACUGAUAUAGAACCAAGUUCAAUAAAUUACACACUAGCCCUGAACUAUAAGUUUAAGAAUAUAAACUGAUAUAG